GGAGAUUCAUCUAGAAUGACACUAACCUUGUUUGUAUCUUUCUCUCAUUUUUGCCUGUGUGUGUGUGUGUGUGUGUGUGUGUGUGUGUGUGUGUGUGUGUGUGUGUGUGUGUGUGUGUGUGUGUGUGUGUGUGUGUGUGUGUGUGUGUACUUUGACCAUCCCCUCCCCACAGAGAAUGAGGAAGACCAUGAGGACCUGAGUGAUGCUCUAUACCAGGUCAAGGAGGUCAUCACUGCAGUGGACAGCAAGGUGAACGAGCAUGAGAAGAAGAGGAGGCUGAAGGACAUCUACAGCCGAACAGACAGCAAGUCCAUUAUGAGGAUGAAGAGCGGUCAGAUGUUUGCUAGAGAGGACCUGCUCAGAGGGAGAAGAUUGCUGCAUGAUGGACCUCUGCAGCUGAAGAACUCACAGGGGAAACUCAAGGAUGUAACGGCCAUGCUUCUCUCUGAUAUUGUCGUCUUCCUGCAGGAGAAAGACCAGAAAUUCGUCUUUGCCUCUCUGGACCAGCGCUCCACGGUCCUCUCCCUCCAGAAGCUGAUCGUUAGAGAGGUGGCUAACGAGGAGAAGGGUCUCUUCCUGAUAACAGCAGGGAUGGAGAAACCAGAGAUGGUGGAGGUACACACUGCAACCAAGGAGGAACGCAACACCUGGAUGCAAAUCAUACAGGAGGCCAUGCAGUCCAUAGAGAAAGAUGAGGAUGAGGAGAACCCCAGUGAAACAGAGGACGACAAGAGACUGCUGGAGACCAAAGCUAAGGAGAUGAGAGAGAUGCUGAGGAAGAAGGAUGAGCAGAUCAUGUGUAUGCUGGAGGAGAAGAUGGCCGUGUUUAGGGAGAUGUGUGAGGUCCGGAGCCCUGGAACCCCCCCAGGAACAGGCCCAGGAGAGGACCAGGGCCCCAGCCAGGUCACCAGGGCCAAGGGGCUGUUCAGGGCUGGGAGCGGAGCGGGCUCUGAGGACAUACCUAAAGGAGAACCCAUCAUAAAGGGAGCACUACAGGAAGUGGAGACGUUGCAGGCGCUGGUGAACGGUACUCUGGGAGGAGCGAUGGGGUGGCAGCAGGUGGUGUGGGUCCCAGAGACAGAAGGAGGAGGAGGAGUGGUGGGCCCUGGCCCUGUAUGUCUCCUUCGCAGGGCCGAGACCUUCGGAGGCUUUGACUCUCAGCAGAUACACAUCUCUAAGAAUGGGGACAAAGAAGAGGGAGAGGACAAGCCUUGGGACAGAGUCAGACGGUGUACUGAAGAAGACAUAUCUGACAGUAAACAGCUGGUGGUCCACAGACACCAAGCUAUAUCUGACAGUAGACCAGCUGGUGGUUCAGACAGACAGACACACACACAGACAUACAGACAGACAGACAGACAGACAGACAGACAGACACAGACACAGACACAGACACACUCCUCUCCUGUGUUCAGUAAUGCUGGAGUUUUGUGUUGUCAGGGGGAGAAUGCGACCAUGAUGCUGUUACUGAAGAGGAACACUGAGGCAGUGGUAGUCCAGCAGGACAGCUUCAUUGAGGAUCAGCGCCAGGCUCUCACCAACCGCCCCGAACGCCUCACCUCCUUCUUCUCCUCCCGUCCCUCCUCCCGCCACAACUCCCUGAUCGAGCAGGAGAAACAGCGCAGCCUGGAGAAACAGAGGCAGGAGACGGCCGCGCUGCAGCGCCAGCAGGCCACACACGACCAGGAGAAGAGGAGGAGGGAGAGGGAGUGGGAGGUGCGGGAGCAGCAGCUGACAGACAGGGAGGUGCAGCUCCUGGUACAGGAAGAGGAGACGGGGAGGAGGAGCAGGGAGCUAGUUACGGAGAGGGCGGCGCUACAAAGGAAGAAGAAGGACUAUCUGAUAGAUCUAGAGAGACUGAGAGACGCUCAGGGGAAACUAGAUCGAGACAGAGAAAACAUACACAGAGAAAUGGAGAGGGUAGAACACAUGAGAAUGGCUAAGAGGUGGAUACAGAGAACUCCCUCUUCUACCUCAGACGACUCCCCCCACUUCCCCUCCUCUACCUCCCUGGACAAAGAUCCAAUGGACCCGACUGAGCUCUCCUCCUCUCCCAGGAAAGAAUCCCUGACCUCGUCAAAAGGGAAGAGCCUAAGUCCUUUCUCUGAGGCCCCGGCCCUAAAGGCCCCUAGUGGAGACAGUCAGAACCAGAUACCUAACAGACUGCUGCAACUGGCUAAAGACAGGAGCAAGAACAAGAAGGACAAGAAGAAGAAGGAACAGGGUACACAGUCACCAGAUACCCAGCACCUAGAGCCUCCUAUAGAUGGAGAGGUCUACUUCUGCUGAGGAGACCCCUCUUCAUCUCCUCCGAUGUCAAUGCAACGUCCCUCUCACCAACUGAAUGCAAGGCCAAGUUGCCAAAGUGCCCCCAUCGUCGAACCCUCUAAGUCCUCACAAACACUCCCAACUGACACACAAUAGGAAGUGGAAGGUCUCUCAUCAUGUGAGUCAUAAGCUCCAGCUGCAAUGUUCUGUCUCAGUGCUCACUACAGAUUGGCUCCUGACUCUCACCUGCUAAAAAAAUAUAACAAUAAGGAAACUGUUUCUAUGUUAGAUACUGUAGGUUAAUAAAGACUGUCUAUAACAAUAAGGAAACUGUUUCUAUGUUAGAUACUGUAGGUUAAAGACUGUCUAUAACAAUAAGGAAACUGUUUCUAUGUUAGAUACUGUAGGUUAAAGACUGUCUACAACAAUAAGGAAACUGUUUCUAUGUUAGAUACUGUAGGUUAAUAAAGAUGUCUACAACAAUAAGGAAACUGUUUCUAUGUUAGAUACUGUAGGUUAAUAAAGACUGUCUACAACAAUAAGGAAACUGUUUCUAUGUUAGAUACUGUAGGUUAAUAAAGAUUGUCUAUAACAAUAAGGAAACUGUUUCUAUGUUAGAUACUGUAGGUUAAUAAAGACUGUCUACAACAAUAAGGAAACUGUUUCUAUGUUAGAUACUGAAGGUUAAAGAUUGUCUAUAACAAUAAGGAAACUGUUUCUAUGCUAGAUACUGUAGGUUAAAGACUGUCUAUAACAAUAAGGAAACUGUUUCUAUGUUAGAUACUGUAGGUUAAUAAAGACCGUCUAUAACAAUAAGGAAACUGUUUCUAUGUUAGAUACUGUGCUCCUGAUGUGCUUGGCAUGUUGCAAUAAUCUCAAUACAUUUGACAUGUGAUGCUAUUGAUCACAUGAAUCAUCUUUUCUUUUGCAUGUCCAAGAUCGAUAAUCAAUAUGUUGUUUAUACAGAUCAGUCUACACAAUAUUGAUACUAUAUAGUCCCAUAAGAACUGGAGAAAACUCAAAGACUGAUGUCAGUUGAUCGUUGUUGUGGUUCAAUGUUUAAGAGCCACUUGUUCCUAAUAGCUGAAGAACCAGAGAACACAUAUGGAAUCAUGUUGUAACCAAAAAUACGUUAAACAAAUCCAAAUAUAUUUUAUAUUUCAGAUUCUUAAAAGUAGCCACCCGUUGCCUUGAUGACAGCUUUGCACACUCUUGGCCUUCUCUCAACCAACUUUCAUGAGGUAGUCACCUGGAUUUUCAAAAAAUUAAUAGGUGUGCCUUGAUUAAAGUACAUUUGUGGAAUUUCUUUCCUUCUUAGGAAUGGUAUACAGAAGAUAGCCCUAUUUGGUAAAUGACCAAGUCCAUAUUAUGGAAAGAUCAGCUCAAAUAAGCAAAGAGAAACGACAGCCCAUCAUUACUUUAAGACAUGAAGGUCAGUCCGUACAGAAAAUGUCAAGAACUUUGAAAGUGCAGUGACAAAAACCAUCAAGUGCUCUGAUGAAACUGCCUCAUGAGGACAACUACAAGCUACAAGAAAGGAAGACCCAGAGUUUCCUCUGCUGCAGAGGAUAAGUACAUUAGAGUUCGCUGGCUCUCAUGAGGACCGCUACAAGAAAGGAAGACCCAGAGCUUCCUCUGCUGCAGAGGAUAAGUACAUUAGAGGUCGCUGUACCUCAGAUUGCAGCCUAAAUAAAUGCUUCACAGAGUUCAAGUAAGAGACACAUCUCAGCAUCAACUGUUCAGAGGAGACUAUUUGAAUCAGGCCUUCGUGGUUGAAUUGAUGCAAAGAAACCACUACUAAAGGACACCAAUAGGAAGAAGAGAUUGCUGGGCCAAGAAACACGAGCAAUGGACAUUAGACCGCUGGAAAUCUGUCCUUUGGUCUGAUGAGUCCAAAUUUGAAAUGUUUGGUUCCAACCGCCAUGUCUUCGUGAGAUGCAGAGUAGGUGAACGGAUGAUCUCCAAAUGUGUGGUUUCCACUGUGAAGCAUGGAGGAGGAGGUGUGAUGGUGCUUUGCUGGUGACACUGUCUGUGAUUUAUUUAGAAUUCAAGGCACACUUAACCAGCAUGACUACCUCAGCAUUCUGCAGCAAUACGCCAUCCCAUCUGGUUUGCGCUUAGCGGGACUAUCAUUUGUCUAUCAACAGGACAAUGACCCAAAACACACCUCCAGGCUGUGUAAGGGAUAUUUGACCAAGAAGGAGAGUGAUGGAGUGCUACAUCAGAUCACCUGACCUCAACCCAAUUGAGAUGGUUUGGGAUGAGUUGGGCCGCAGAGUGAUGGAAAAGCCGCCAACAAGUGCUCAGCAUAUGUGGGAACUCCUUCAAGACUGUUGGAAAAGCAUUCCAGGUGAAGCUGGUUGAGAGAAUGCCAAGAGUGUGCAAAGCUGUCAUCAAGGCAAAGGGUGGCUACUUUGAAGAAUCUCAAAUAUAUUUGUUGUUUGUUUAAAACUUCUUAGGGCUGAAAUCCCGUUAACGGGGUCGAUAUGACAACAGCCAGUGAAAGUGCAGGGCGCCAAAUUCAAAACAACAGAAAUCUCAUAAUUAAAAUUCCUCAAACAUAUAAGUAUUUUAUACCAUUUUAAAGGUAAUCGUGUUGUUAAUCCCACCAGUGUCCGAUUUCAAAUAGGCUUUACAGCGAAAGCACCGCAAACUAUUAUGUUAGGACAAUCUAUUAUGUUGAAGAAUCUAAAAUAUGAAAUACAUUUUAAAUAUAUUUUAAUUUGUUUAACACUUUUUUGGUCACUACAUGAUUCCAUAUGUGUUAUGUCAUAUUUUUCAUGUCUUCAUUAUUAUUCUACAAUGUAGAAAAUAGUAAAAAAUAAAAACCCUUGAAUGAG